UUCACGGAGCCUAGCCUAGAGGAGCUUGCGGCCAAAGAACGUGAUGAGCCAGGCUACUGCUGUCGCGUUACAGACUUUGUUGUCGGACGUCGAGGCUAUGGCAGCAUCAAAUUCUUGGGCGAAACGGACGUGAGGGGCCUUGAUCUGGAGUCGGUUGUGGAAUUCAAUAACCGCGAAGUGGCCGUGUACAAGGACGAGAGCAAGAAGCCCCCGGUUGGCGAGGGCCUGAACAAAGCUGCAGUGGUGACUAUGUUGAACGUCAAGUGCAGGAGUAGGAAGACGGGCGAGACGUACACGGAUGGUCCGAAGCUGGACAGGUACAAGGAGAUGCUCGCGAAGAAGGCCGAGGAGCAGGGAGCGGAGUUUGUGUCGUUUGAUGGUGUCAAGGGCGAGUUUAAGUUCAGGGUGAAGCACUUCAGCUCCUAUGGAUCUGACGAAAGCUGAAACCGAUUCAAGUGUAAAUUGGUCGCUGUGAUUGGUUGUUAGAACGCUUUUUUUUCUUCUGGGACUGAUGU